AUUAUGGUCACGUGGUUCGCGCCCAUGAGACUGGAGCUAUAACCGAACGCUGGAAGAGUUUGGGAGGAGAGGCAGGGAACAACGCAUAGGAGAGGAGAAUUCAUAAUGAUUAUAUUUCAGCCAUAGAAGACACGUGUAAGAAGAGGUAAAUGGAAAGCGAAAUGGACUAAAAUGCGUUUUGAAAUCAUGAACGCUGGCAAGAUUCAAUUAUGCGCCUCACUUUGUAUGUGGCUUGGAAUAGUUACCUGGACAGGGAAUAUGAAGUUACAUAUUUGGUCUGUAUUUGUCCAACAGUCCUAUGAAGGAGACGUUGUGUUUUCUGUUUUAAACGAGCAGGUAAAUGUGUCUAAAGGAUUGCGCGAUGGAAAAACUUUCAGUAUUCGCUCCCCGGUCACUCGGAAAAACGCGAUUGAGCACCGGGUCUUCUGGAGCGCGUGGCUGGACAGUCUCUCCACUCGUGUUUUUGGCGUGGAACACGAGAGGGCGUGGAGAAAACAGGUCCGGGACGCUCGGGUGGUUGUACUGGAAGCGGGCUGUGGCAGACCCACAAACCGCCUCGCGACCUUCUCCGACGGCACGAGAGCAUGCGUGCGAUACGGCAUCGACGCGGAUCAAGUGCUGGGAGAAACGCUCUCGUAUUAUCUAGCGGAACUGCUUGGGAUUUCCAACCUUCCGCCCUUGGCGCUUUCCAAACUGAACCUGUCCAGCGAGCAGUGGGCAAGUGUGCGAGGACACAUCGAGGCGUUAGAGUGGUCGCCAAAUGCCAUUGUGUCUCUCACUGAGUUCAUCCCAAAUGUCACUGGAGUGUUUAUUCCAUUACAUUUGCGGAAGCAGCAAGGAGGUCUGCAACUCUCUCCUGAGACGGUAUCCAACAUGACUGUGACAUAUCUGGUUGAAUUAAUGCAGUGGAGUGAUCUAAUCAUAUUUGAUUAUUUGACAGCCAACUUUGAUCGAAUUGUCAGUCACAUUUUCAGUCUCCAGUGGGACGCGCGCGUGAUGGAGAGGACCACUAAUAACCUUCUCAAAACAAUCAAUGGACAUUUGCUUUUUAUUGAUAACGAGGCAGGGAUUGUUCACGGAUACCGAGUGCUUGACCUCUGGGAACGGUAUCACAGACUGCUGCUGGGUUCGUCGUGUAUAUUUCGCAGAAGUACAGUCCGGCGCAUAUCUGAGAUGAAGCGCUCCGGUGACAGCGCGAAGCUGCUGUGUGAACUGUACCGCGCGAGGGAACCGCUGGCGCGCGAGCUGGGCUCUCUUUCCCAAGAGCACGCGCUUACGUUGCAGAACAGGAUCGAUGUCGUUUACAAACAUAUUCAGCAGUGCACAGACAUCAUGUAGACCUUUGCGAGCUCAGGUGUUUCUGUUUGUAUGCGCUACAUGUUAGUCUAAGUCUGUUAUGUCAUUCCAGUGUGAAUAUUUUAUGCAAAAAUGAAUAACGUGAUAGAAUAUGGAUACUAACACAAGGUUGUUAUUGCUUAUUCUAUGGGUUGAAUCAUUCCAGCUCUCCUGCUGGAGGAAAGAAAACGAUUUAAACGGUUUAGGAUGUUUUAUUUUCAUGGGGGUCCGUCUGGUUAAAAUAAAUAAAUAAAUAGGCCUAAAUUAAUUAACAUUUGGUGGAUCUUAGUCAAAAUAAAUACAAAUAAAUAAAUAAAAAUCAAA